AUGGUCCUUAAAGCGAUCACGCCCACCCCUCUUACCCCGAUGUGUCCUCCGCCUUCGACACGAUCUACUGAUCCCGAGAGACACCAGCCGAUCCCAAACAAAGUGAUUCUCCUCUCGCCAUUUUCCAGAGGAACGACCAUCCCAAAUAUUAAGGGCAUGAAGAGUCUGACUAUCGCCCCGAUCCCGCUGCGACCGCCCGGCUUCUUCUACAGCAACGGGUCAUGUGAUGCUCCUAUACAGCUCCAAUCCUUUGUAGAUCUUAUGUGCCCAGAUUCGAAAGCUGCUUGGCGUACAUAUCAGAAAGUUGCAGAUUAUUAUGGACCAAGCACAGUGAGGUUUUCAGCUUUGAUAUUCCCCCUGCCUUAUCAUCGAGCUGCAAUGGUUGCUGCGCAGGGAGCUUUUGUAGCAGCCAGACUUGACUCAAACAAGACAUACAGCUGGUUUAACACGGUCUUCGACAAGCAGGCAGCACUCUAUAAUGCUAACAUCACUGAACAACCUGAUAGCUAUAUUGUAAAUGCUCUUUCUGAGUGGGCGUCAGAUGUUGGUUAUUCAAAGGCUCAAUUCAUGAUGCACCUGUCUCCAAGUGAUCCAACGCAAUCUUUAGCUAGGGUGGAGUUCAAAUAUGGUGCAACACGUGGUGUGUUCGGGACACCGCAGACCUUCAUCAAUGGUGUUGUCGUCUCUUCCAAACCUAACUGGACGCUCGGUGACUGGAAGCAAGUCAUAGAUCCUCUUCUGGCUGAAAAUAAAUAUUUCUUCUGACGACACUGAGCUGCAUUACCCAAAGAUUUAUUUCGAGGGUAGCUUUUAAAAUUAUUGUUUGCUUUAAUGAUUUAAUUGUUUAUUCAAGAUGUAUUGAUGUUAAUUAUAGGGCUCGAUCAGAUAUAAAGCAGUAACCUAAAGAUUUUCUCAUGCAAUGUGCAACUGAAUAGCAACUGCACGCAGCAAAGGUCCAAUGCAUGUUAACCAAGCUGUGUGUUAUACUGGGUCAAAAGUAUAUAUGUAUAUAUAUAUAUAUAUAUAUAUAUAUAUAUUUCAUAUGCUAAUAGAGCACUGGCCCGCCAUUAUAUCCUAGAGCCUCUGAAACACAUAAAUUAUUCUAUGCAUGAGAUGAAAAGAAAACGUAACUACCAUAUGGAGUCACUAUUGACUUUGUACUUUAAACUUGUAUUUACUUUGUUAUCGUUGUAAUAGGUUGCACGUGAUAACUUUAUUAUAAUAAUCUUCCAUUUACCGCUGUAUUACAAGAAGUAACAGUAAUACAUGCAUAGCAAAAAUAGGCUAAUGUUGCUUUGUUUAUGGCAUACCUGUAUUUGCCGUCAUCAAAUGAAGUAAUAUAAUAUUACUACUACUAAUAAUAUUUUUUCAAGAAGACGACAAGCCAUAAUGCAAGUUUGUCCUACAUGUACCUUACAACAAUUAAUUCAUGCAAAUCGCAUUAUGAAUAAUAAAAUACAAUUAUUUGUAACGGAUGAAUGAAAUAAUUUGUAAUAUGGCACUAAACAAAGAUUUAUGCAUUAAAUGCAUUACAAAAAUGGUCUUUUCAAUGUCUUACUUUAAUGUCUGAGAUUCAUGGUCACCUUGUUCUUUACUGUUGUUAAAGUCUAUGGUCCAUCAAUUUUUUUUUUGUAGUAGUGCAAUUUAACUUUAUUAUUCUAAAAUAAUGAUAGAUCAUUGUUUAAGCAUGGGUGUGACAAGACUAAAUCUGAAGCCUUCAUUUAAUUAUAUUGUUUCAAACUUAUUCACGUUAUGAAACAAAAGUAUUGACUGCUAUGCCAGCAUUUGUGUAUUAUUAUUCAAUUUUCCUUAAUUGAUAUGCAAUAUUGAAUAUACGAAUAAUUAUGAUCUUU